AUGUUCACCCCGGCAGAGGAGCACCACACACGGGCUCUCUGCAGUCUGACCUCCGCUGUGUCAGCUGAUGCCCUGACACUCACCUCCACAGAACCAACCCGCUUACCUCAUGACAGCGACCCGUCCGGACUCCUGCUCUCUCCGCGCGGACUCUCAGGGGCCAGACUCAGGGGCCAGACUCAGGGGCCAGACUCAGGGGCCAGACCGCGGUGUUGUGUGCAGAGCUCCGUGUGGGGUUCGGAGGGGGCAGAAGCACAGAUGAAGAGGGCAAUCCCAAAAGGCUGCUCCAAAAUGCCUUAUUUUCAGACGUGGGAAGAGUUUGCGCGAGCAGCAGAAAAACUGUAUCUGACAGAUCCAAUGAAGGUCCGAGUGGUUCUCAAAUACAGACACUGCGACGGGAAUCUCUGUAUUAAAGUCACAGACAAUGCAGUGUGUUUACAGUACAAGACGGACCAGGCCCAGGACGUCAAGAAGAUCGAGAAGCUUCAUGGAAAACUGAUGAGACUGAUGGUUUCCAAGGAGACGCACAGCGCCAUGGAGACGGACUGA